UUUCAUUCUCUGGCAUUGGACUUUGAGCCGUCAGAAUCAUGAGCAACUACAGCGUGUCCUUGGUUGGCCCAGCUCCUUGGGGUUUCCGGCUGCAAGGUGGCAAGGAUUUCAACAUGCCCCUGACAAUCUCCAGUCUCAAAGAUGGUGGCAAAGCAUCCCAGGCAAACGUAAGAAUAGGCGAUGUGGUCGUCAGCAUUGAUGGGAUGAGUGCCAAUGGAAUGACUCAUCUGGAAGCCCAGAACAAGAUUAAGGGCUGUACUGGCUCCCUGAAUAUGACUCUGCAAAGAGCAUCUUCUACACCCAAGCCUGAGCCUGUUCAUGUUCAAAAGCCCACAGUCACCAGCGUGUGUUCCGAGACUGCUCAGGAGCUAGCAGAGGGACAGAGAAGAGGAUCCCAGGGUGACAGUAAACAGCAAAAUGGCCCACCAAGAAAGCACAUUGUGGAGCGCUACACGGAGUUCUAUCACGUACCCACUCACAGCGACGCCAGCAAGAAGAGGCUGAUGGAGGACACCGAGGACUGGCGUCCCAGGACAGGGACAACUCAGUCUCGCUCCUUCCGGAUCCUUGCCCAGAUCACCGGGACUGAACACUUGACAGAAUCUGAAACUGAUAAUACGAAGAAGGCAAAAUUUGACAGUUCUCUGGAAGACUUACCUAGGAGUGGACCUCACCCACCUGCAAGUGCUCAGGUGUUAAACAUGGGUGGCCAUGUAGCCACACUUUCCAAAGUAGCAGCUCCUUAUUCUAGUGUAAGCAACUCCAUAAGAAAUGCGGAAGGUCCUUUGGAAGGUCCUCGAAAGUUCUCUACCUUCUCUCCUCCUGCUAGAUAUAGCGCAGCAGUGCUGAGCAGUGCAGCUGCUACUGUCUCUGCUGUGGUUGCUGCAAAGACCAGGCUCUCCACUGCGGAAAGAUACCUCCCCAUCUUGGAUGCACUUUGCAUCAGUCCUGUUUCCAAGCCUUUAGUUUUUUCUUCUCUCCAGUCCUCUGGGAAACCAGCUGUCUCUGUCCAUGUGCAGAAAGCAAGUGAUACUCAGGGUCCGCCCCCAACAUCAGCUUCGUCGGUGGCUUCAACCCGGAGCGGAGCUGAGAGCCUGGAGAGCCCAAACGCCAGCAGACCUGGGCCUGCCAGCCUCACCACCGCAGUCGCCUUUAAGCCCGUGGGCUCCACCAGCGUCAUCAAGUCACCGAGCUGGCAGCGGCCAACCCAAGCAGGACCUUCCACUGGGAGAAUCUCAAACAGUGCAGCUUCCUCAGGAGCAGGGGCACCAGCUAACUCAACUGCGGGGCAGCCCCAGCCGAGUGACCAGGACACGCUGGUGCAAAGAGCCGAGCACAUCCCAGCAGGGAAGCGAACGCCCAUGUGUGCCCACUGUAACCAAGUCAUCAGGGGACCAUUUCUAGUGGCACUGGGGAAGUCCUGGCACCCAGAAGAAUUUAACUGUGCCCACUGCAAAAAUACAAUGGCCUACAUCGGAUUCGUAGAGGAGAAGGGAGCCCUGUAUUGUGAACUAUGCUACGAGAAGUUCUUUGCUCCCGAGUGUGGUCGAUGCCAAAGGAAGAUCCUGGGAGAAGUCAUCAAUGCUUUGAAGCAAACUUGGCACGUGUCCUGUUUCGUGUGUGUGGCCUGCGGGAAACCCAUUCGCAAUAAUGUUUUCCACUUGGAAGAUGGUGAACCCUACUGUGAGACCGAUUAUUAUGCCCUCUUCGGUACUAUCUGCCGUGGGUGUGAAUUUCCCAUCGAGGCUGGUGACAUGUUCCUGGAAGCUCUGGGCUCUACCUGGCAUGAUACCUGCUUUGUCUGCUCAGUGUGCUGUGAAAGUUUGGAAGGCCAGACCUUUUUCUCCAAGAAGGACAAGCCACUUUGCAAGAAACAUGCGCAUUCUGUGAAUUUUUAAAAGUAACAGUUAAAGGGAAGAUAAGAAAUUUGAAGAGGAAGAGAAGAAUUAAAAUUACAGAUUAAUUUUUAAAUUUAACACUUGAGUUUUGAAAAGUAAUGGCCCUGAAGGAAUAAAUUCCAGCUUUAAAAAACCAAGUCAAUGAGGAAAUAUUUGGCUUUAUAAAGUAAAGAGACAGUUUGGCAUCUAUUAUUACUUUUUCCUGUAUUUUCUGCCCAUAAAAUAACUUUUAUGAAAACCAAUUUCCUGGUUGACUAUUAAAUUCAUCUUAGAAUAAAUUAGUAAAGAAUUAAAUUUUAGAAUAAAAAUUCAACUUUUAUACUUAAUUAUUCUCGUUAGGUAGUUAUGAGAAAAUCUGCAAAAGGCAGUGUAAAUGUCAUACAUUUUAUCAAUAAGAGAAUCAUUGCUUUUAACUAGCGUUUGUUUGCAAAACACUUAAUAGGAGUUUAAAUAGAAGAUUUUAUCAGUAGUAGUUGUCAGUUUAUUAAACACUGUGUCCACAUUCUAUUUGUCUUACAGUGGAUGUGGUUCAAGCAGGAAAAGCCAGUGAGAUCAUUGAUCAAACGUGUCAUGCCAAGGUUAUAGUCUUCUCUCAUUUCCCCCAGACAGAUCCUAUGUAGGCUUAUACAUCUCAAAUGUUUGCCUUUUGUUAAAAUGUGACUAUUUCUAUUCAUUUUGUGUGCAUUAUAACCUAAGGUAGCCAAACUCCAUUUUCCCCCCUUCCCUCAUACUGAGAUAAAGAGCCAAUUAAGUACUUCUGGGCUCUGACAGCUUUCUUUCUCUUUAAAGUGAAUAAGUAGGAGACAAUAAAACAAUUGUUCCUCUCCCCCCAAAAGUCCCCUUUUUUGGAUAAUGAAUCAAUUAAAUUAGUUUCAGAGUUGUGUUACUGACUGAUGAAGAUUGGAGAGCUCUUUGCAGAAUCAUCUUUUUUUUUUUUUUAAUUCUACGUUAGAAUAAUAAAAGAUUGGCUUGGAAGUGUGAUAAAAAUUUAGAAUUUAAUAUAUUUUUAAAUUAUGCCAGAUGGACAUAUGCCUGUGUAUGAGGGGUAAGGGCACACACCCCCACCCCUAACCAGGCCUGGUCACGCAACAACUCUUUUUUGUCCAUCACAUCAGGGCUCUGGGCACAUGUACACACGUGCCCUGCAUGUGAGCUGCCAGGGCUGGGGCUCAAACCCUGGUCAGCACGUGGAAUCUGACUUCCACUGCCCAGUGCUUACCAACUAUGCUAUAGGGCUGGCCCUCAUGCCUUUGUGUGUGUGUGUGUGUGUGUGUGUGUGUGUGUGUGUGUUAUUUUUUCAAUAAUAAGUGAACCACUUGCAAAUGUGUGAUCAGAGUUUGGGAAGCUUUUACUCACAGCUGUUCCAUAGUAUAGUAGAUAACAUGAUUAAUUACUCAGAUCGGCCCAUUGUUUUCCUCAUUCGGGAAAAGAAUUCGGUAGAUACACGUGGAGACAGAGAAACAAUUGUGGUAAAACUGGAUCCUUUGGUAUUUACUUAGUGAGAAAACAGAUUAUGCCACUUGAUAGUUUUUCCUCUGUUUCUAGGAUGGACAGAAGCCCAUUAUCUCUCGUUAUAACUUCAAUUUGUUUGGGACAAGUUCCUCUAAGGUUGAGACAGAGUCCCAAGUCCUUCCUGCCCCAUCAGUCACUAAGGACUUCAUUUCCAUUGUGUGCAUGUUUGUUAUAGAGGAGAUUUUAGGCUACAAUAUUUGUUUAACCUCCCUAAGAACUUUCAAGGCAUUUGUCUUGAAAGCUGUUAAUUUAUAGUCUAGCAGAUUUAUAUUAUAUGCAGAUAAUAAUUAACUGGGGAUGAAAGAAUGGGAAGGGGUGACACAGAGUGGCAAAGUGAAUGCUUCUCCAAUAGCAACCCCAGACUACCUCCUCACCCUGCAUCUUGCAGGGAGGCAGGAAGUUGCUUUUGAAAUAAAGUGCUGGAACUGAAUCGUGCAUUUUAUCUCAUUGCUGCUGCAACGGCCUAGAGACUGAGACUGGCUGGCCAAGGUGCAUGGUCACCAUCCGAAUGCCAGCCUUGCUUUAUACAGUACAAAAUGCCUUGGUGGUUUUGUUCUGGCGAGGUAGAACUUCUGUUGUUGUUUAGUUUUGCCUUUAUAGAUUAUAGGCCAAGAUAGUUUUUGGUAGGCUAGUGGCAUUUAGGUAUUUUCAUUUGAUCCCGGAUUUCUUAGAAAGUUAUCUUACAUUAAGGAUAUCACUUUUAUUAGACCUUUUUUCCCCCUGCUUAUUUUUCAUGAAACAUAAUGUUUUUCCAAAUUUUAUUCCUUAAAAGGUAAUCUUGCUUCCUAAUUUAUCAUUUUUGUCUGCGUGCUUUGUCCUCCUCUUCUGUGGCAAAGUUUUAAAUCUCUUCGUAAAACAGUUCAUUCUAUGAGAUAAAUAGUGAAGAGACCCCAGAAGAAUCUCUCUCUCCCAGCAGGGGAUGCCGUAUUCAAGCAUCAGUCGCAAUCUUUCCAUAACUGGCAAAGCACUUUAUCCUUCUGGUGAGCUCCCUGAAUAUUUAUUUUUCUGACUAUAAAUAUUCCCUUGUAAGUGGCUUUUUUUUUUUUUAAUUAUUACUUUUCACUGUAGAGCGAUUUAUUUUUAGUCUCUAUAGAUGUAUAUUUUGGAACACUGUCUUUGGUGUAACACAGAUUAACAUUGUAGCACGUGACUCAAAAAACUCCCCUACCCGGACUUCCCAUGUUCAGAGCCAUGUAUACUCCUCUCUAGCCUUGCAUGGCCGCGAUGUUGACUGCCGAAGUAGCAACCAACAAAUGAUCCUCUUUGCUUAUGUUUGAAGUAGCGUACAUAUUUCCUAUUGAUUAAGGUUACAUUUAGAGUCUAAAACCUAAUCAUUUGGUCACAUAGUAAAACAAACAGAAGCAACCAUUUAAAUCUGCAGAAUGUUAGUGUAGCAUUUUGACAUGUUUAAAAUAAUCUACAGCAAAGAUGUACCAUUUUCAAGGGGUUCUGUAUUAGAAGCACUUUUAUACGAACUAAUUCCUUUCUUUCCCGUAAUUCAAGAGUGAACCUGGCAUUACAAUAAUAUUUUUAUGAUGACUGGGUGAUUAGGGCUCCCUAUUAAAGAGAGGCCUUUCAGACAUAAGGGAAGGAAAAGCAAACUGAAUAGUUUUACACAGACCACAUCUGGCUUCAACUUGACCCCCUCACUCCCCAAAUGUGUAAAGGGUAUUGGGUUUGGAUUCUCAGUGUAUAAUUUGCAUUCUCUGUUGAUCUCUGUCUUUAAGUUUUUAAGUGUGUAUAUCUGCUAUUUUGCUUUUGGAUACAUUUUCUAAUUAAAAAUCACAUGAGAAAUAUAAUCCAUAUAGUAAUACCUUAAUGUGCACAUACUUGAUAAAUAAACGACUGCAGUCAUAUGGA